AUGGAAAGUCCAUGAAAAUGACAUGCCCUCACUGUGGCCUUACUCUUCGUACAAAAAACUACAAGGCUCACAUGAUGAGGAGGCACUCCAACCAAUCAAUAGAUGUUUGCCUGGCCAGUCAUCUGCAGUGUGUUUGUGUAGAUGAAACUACAGGGUUAUUUGCUGUGCAGAGAACUGGCCAUGGGUUUUCUGUGCCAGUUCACGUUCAGAGGAAAACAUGGGGGAUGUCUCACAAUAUCAGAUGUGAGCUGGAGGAAUGUCAGCAAUACCAGUUGCUGGCCCAGCGGAGCGGACUAGGCUUCAGUUUAUGUGAGCACCUUCGCUCACUAGAUUACUGCCGAGAAACUGUAAAGGAGGUUUUUCUUCAAGAGCACAUCGUGAUGGAAAUGGUGGACCUUAAAUUUUUUGGAGAGGCCAAAGCUGCUACAUGCAUAAAGAGACAGAAAGCUGCCCAGAUGGCACAUGCUCCACUUUGUGUGAGGGUGGAUUUUGGUGGAUCCUCAACACAGAUCUGUUUGUCUGUAUUUGAGCCGGAAAUACACAGUUUCUGCCGUCUUGGCAGAAUAUUUGUGACUUACAAUGCUCUGAGGAACACCUGGCAUUGUGCUUGUGCAAAGCCACGAAUAUCAUGUCCUCAUAAAAACAUAGCUAAAUGGCAUCUCUUCCAGACACAGAGAGACAUCUUCCAAUCAACUGAGUAUACGCUAUAUUUUUAA